GCAGCGACAACACCGCACUAGCCUAGCCUCCCCCCGCCGCUCGGCCGAAUAGAAUCGAUUCCCCCUCCUCCGUCGCUGUCCGGCCGACCGCGGAGAGCGGAGUCGAUCGGGGGCGACAACGAUGGUGGUUAGCGUGGCCGCGACCGGGCCCGGCACGGACGCCGAGCCGGUGAGCUCCACCUUCUUCGCGUCCCGCUACGUCCGCGACCCACUCCCACGGUCAGUCAGUUGCUGUGCUGGCUGUGGCACUUCUUUGAUGAUACGAGUACUAGCAAAUAAUGAAGAGCUCUGGUAGUGGCAACUUCCGUUUCAGCCCGCCGCGCGGAGGCCGCUGGUUGGCCAGGGGACACCACGCCUUCCAUUAUUAGAGUACCACUACUCCAUUAGUACCAGCGUACCACCACCACCGAAAACGAAUCCCAGAACAGUACCGCAGCGGCAGCCAUGGUGCUCUCGCACGCGAGCUCCGGCCGGGACGACGACGACGCGGUGGCCUCCACCUUCGCGUCGCGCUACGUGCGCGAGCGCCUGCCGCGGUACCGGAUGCCGGAGCGGUCGAUCCCGCGGGAGGCGGCGCAGCAGAUCAUCAGCGACGAGCUCAUGCUGGACGGCAACCCGCGCCUGAACCUGGCGUCCUUCGUCACCACGUGGAUGGAGCCCGAGUGCGACAAGCUCAUCAUGGACUCCAUCAACAAGAACUACGUCGACAUGGACGAGUACCCCGUCACCACUGAGCUCCAGAACCGCUGCGUAAACAUGAUAGCUCACCUGUUCAACGCGCCGAUCAAGGAGGACGAGACAGCUAUUGGGGUCGGAACAGUGGGAUCCUCGGAAGCGAUCAUGCUUGCAGGUCUGGCGUUCAAGAGGAAAUGGCAGAACAAGAGGAAGGAGCAGGGGAAACCGUGUGACAGACCCAACAUCGUCACCGGUGCCAACGUUCAGGUCUGCUGGGAGAAGUUUGCAAGGUAUUUUGAGGUGGAGCUGAAGGAGGUUAAGCUAUCAGAAGGGUACUACGUCAUGGACCCCGUCAAGGCUGUUGAGAUGGUGGACGAGAACACUAUCUGUGUCGCGGCGAUCUUGGGGUCGACUCUCACCGGAGAGUUCGAGGAUGUCAAGCAGUUGAACGACCUUCUUACAGAGAAGAACAAGGAAACUGGGUGGGACGUGCCUAUCCACGUCGACGCCGCGAGCGGAGGGUUCAUAGCGCCUUUCCUCUACCCUGAGCUCGAGUGGGACUUCAGGCUGCCUCUGGUGAAGAGCAUCAAUGUCAGCGGGCACAAGUACGGCCUCGUCUACCCUGGUGUUGGCUGGGUCAUCUGGCGGAGCAAGGAUGAUCUGCCUGAGGAGCUCAUCUUCCAUAUCAACUACCUGGGGACGGACCAGCCUACGUUCACGCUCAACUUCUCCAAAGGUUCCUGUCAGAUCAUUGCGCAGUACUAUCAACUCAUUCGCCUAGGCUUCGAGGGGUACAGAAACAUCAUGGAGAACUGCCAGGAGAACGCGGCGAUACUGCGGGAGGGCAUCGCGGCGACGGGCCGGUUCGACGUCCUGUCCAAGGACGCCGGGGUGCCGCUGGUGGCCUUCUCGCUCAGGGACAGCAGCCGGUUCAGCGUGUUCGACGUCUCCGAGAACCUGCGGCGGUUCGGCUGGAUCGUGCCGGCGUACACGAUGCCGGCCGACGCGGAGCACGUGGCGGUGCUCCGAGUCGUCGUCAGGGAGGACUUCAGCCGCAGCCUCGCCGAACGGCUGGUCUCGGACGUCCGCAAGAUCCUGCGCGAGCUGGACGCGCGCGCGACCCACGCCGUGAGGGUCGCCACCGCCACCGCCGAGCAGUCGGGCGACGGCGUCGUGGCCAAGAAAAGCGUGCUGGAGAUCGAGCGGGAGGUCGCCGCGCGCUGGAUGAACGCCGUGAACAAGAAGAAGACGGGGGUCUGUUGAUGCGUCGUGGGUCGGAGACUGGGAGGUUUCGCCAUGGUAGCUUCGUCUAUAUGUCGCGUGCUUGUUUGUGUCUGUGCAGGGCGCUUGGAUGCGUUGGUCCAGUUCCGCGUAUGUGAACAAGGUGUCGUAUGCAGUAUGCAAAUGUUCAGGAUCCAGGAACCACAAAUAAUGGAUGUAAAUGUUGGGUUUGGUGCCGUAUGUUGGGUGUGGAGUAUAUUUCUUCGCCAGGUAUUUGCUGUAAUCCUGUCCCUUUACGUUCGUGCACUGCAAUGAGAAUAAAAAAAAAAUAAGUGUCGUUCACGGAA